AUCAUAUCGUUGGCAUUUAUACCAUUUUCCAAAAGAUCUUUCUCAAUCAACAACAAUGAACAGUUUCUCUCUAAUUUUGUCUUGCUCAUUUCUCAUUUCUGGAAUAUUAGCUCAAGAGACUAGUCUUUCCCCUGUGGUGCAUAGAUUCAAAAGACAUUGUGGCUAUAAUGGCUGCGGAAGAUCUGUAUGCCAGGAGUGCCCAUCUUGCUGUGGAAAUGACGGUCCGCAACCAUUCAAUCCAGUUUUCAAUAUUCACUUUAACUGUUGUGGUGCCCCUCGGCCAUCUCCAUCUUGCUGCCCAUACGUCCCACCAGCCCCUCUUCCACCACCACCACCACCAGCAUCACCAUGCUGUGGACCAUCUCCAGUUCCAGCUCCAUGCUGCCCACCGCCACCGGCUCCAGCUGCUCCAUGCUGCCCACCGCCACCACCACCAACUCCAUCCCCACUUGUCUGUUGUAAGCAGGCUCCAGUUCCAGAAAAUCCAUGCUGCCAAAUCGUUGCCGCUGCAAUGCCACCACCACCUUCUGCUCCAGCUUGUUGUGUUGCUGCUCCUGUUCCAACAAACCCAUGCUGCCAGCCAGCUCCCCGUCCAGCGCCAUGCGUUUGCUCGGCACCAAGACCUGUGCCAUGCAGAUGCGGAGCUCCACCUAUGGAAUGCCCAAAUUGUGAUAUGCCAGCUCCACGAUGCUCCAUGAUGGCUCCAAUGGAAUGCUCCAUGAGAAGAAUGCGAAGAGACGUUCAUCAACAAAUCCUUCAGCAUUUGCACAGAACACAAUAGAUGAAUUCCGAAAAAGAAACGCUAAAUAGUCAUACAAUUUAACUCAAGAUUUCUAACAUUAACUUAUUUUUAAUUUUUAAUUUCUAUGAAGAUCACAAUAAAUUUAUUUAUAAAAU